UCAGCAGCAGCGGAGGGAGUCUAUGCGCGCUGGACAGCAGUGGGAGGUGUGUGAGGCUCGAACUGGCCACAGACCCCUGGGCUCAGUCGCCAAGGAGCAAGGACUCGGCGAAGGAACUGCCGGGUGACCCGGCUAAGGCUUCCGAGGUGCAAACUGAUGGGACUGGCUCACUCUGCAGCGUCUCCCCGCUCUUCUAAGUAUACCGAGCGGGGCCCAUGCUGAAGUAGAAGCUGUCGGGGGAGGUCAGCCCGGAGUCCCAGUGUGGCCCGGAAGAACGGAGCCCGUAUCAGGGCGACCCAGUCAGGAGCCCGGGGACCGACCUUGUGUUGUGGGGAGACCCGUACUUCUUCCCAGAGGCGUCAAUCCCGAGACAGUCGAAGGGUCAAGGCGGCCACCGAGUCCUCCGCGGAGAGACCCCUUCGAGAAGCAGGCGCGCAGUCCCAAACCGUGUCCGGGAACCGAGCGGAAUCAGGCAGGAUCACUCAGGGGCGCAGAAACCCGGUCGCGCCUAUUGCAGCAGAGAGGCCAGUGGAGCAAGCCCUCAGAAGCUGCAGCCCAUGCGCGGGUUGGGGGCGACUUCCCAGUGAGUCCUCCUGGCCGGCCGGGAGGAGAAGAGCUACACCGAAGCCGGCAGAAGGAGAGCACUUCAAGGCCGGCGGCUGCGGAGGAUGGGCGCCUGAGCGUCUGGGAACGCAGCGAGGCACAGCACGGCAAGGCGAGCUUUGCUAAGAAGACGCCAGGGGAUCCCGAGUGCAGCCUGCCUCCCAGGAAGAUGGCCCGGCCUGGGCAGCGUUGGCUCGGCAAGUGGCUUGUGGCGAUGGUCGUGUUGGCGCUGUGCCGGCUCGCCACGCCGCUGGCCAAGAACCUGGAGCCCGUGUCUUGGAGCUCCCUCAACCCCAAGUUCCUGAGUGGGAAGGGCUUGGUGAUCUACCCAAAGAUUGGAGACAAGCUGGACAUCAUCUGCCCCCGAGCAGAAGCAGGGCGGCCCUAUGAGUACUACAAGCUGUACCUGGUGCGGCCUGAGCAGGCAGCUGCCUGCAGUACGGUGCUUGACCCCAAUGUGCUGGUCAACUGCAACAGGCCAGAGCAGGAAAUACGCUUCACCAUCAAGUUCCAGGAGUUCAGCCCCAACUACAUGGGCCUGGAGUUCAAGAAGCACCACGAUUACUAUAUUACCUCAACAUCCAAUGGGAGCCUGGAGGGGCUAGAGAACCGGGAGGGAGGUGUGUGCCGUACAAGAACCAUGAAGAUCAUCAUGAAAGUUGGGCAAGAUCCCAAUGCAGUGACACCCGAGCAGCUGACCACCAGCCAGCCUAGCAAGGAGGCAGACAACACUGUCAAGAUGGCCACACAGGUCCCUGGUGGUCGGGGAUCCCUGGGUGACUCUGAUGGCAAACAUGAGACUGUGAACCAAGAAGAGAAGAGUGGCCUGGGUGCAAGUGGGGGAGGCAGCGGGGACCCUGACAGCUUCUUCAACUCUAAGGUGGCAUUGUUUGCGGCUGUUGGUGCCGGCUGUGUCAUCUUCUUGCUUAUCAUCAUCUUCCUGACGGUUCUACUACUAAAGCUGCGUAAGCGGCACCGCAAGCAUACACAGCAGCGGGCAGCUGCCCUCUCACUCAGUACCCUGGCCAGUCCCAAAGGGGGUAGUGGCACAGCUGGCACCGAGCCCAGCGACAUCAUCAUCCCCUUACGGACUACAGAGAACAACUACUGCCCCCACUACGAGAAGGUGAGUGGGGACUACGGGCAUCCCGUCUACAUCGUCCAGGAGAUGCCACCCCAGAGCCCAGCGAACAUCUACUACAAGGUCUGAGAGCCUGGCGUGGCCUCAGGCCCCUGAGGGACAGUUGGCCUGGACUGGACCUCUCCUUUCUUCCCCAUGCCCGCUCCCUUUGCCAGCUGUGCCCACCUUUGUAUUUAGUUUUGUAGUUUCUUGGCUUUUAUAAUCCACCAUUUUUCCCUGCCCUCUGGGCUUCAGAGGGGGGUGCUUGUACCCCCAACCCCCAUGCUCUUGUGCCUUCCCCCUCUGGCUGACCUCUGGGCUCUAUGGGGGCGCCCCUUCUUGGAGGCAGGGUUGGACGCUGAUGGACAGCAGACAGGAGAAGGCCCUCUGGCCCUGCCCCCUCUUUCGCCCCCCUCCCAAGGACUCCUUAUCUGCUA